AUGGCGUCGACCGCUUCUUCCAGGUGCCGGAGGCUUCGAUGGAGCCCCCGACGCCCCCGAUGGAUGCCCGCGGCCUGCCAGCGCUGCGCACGCUCGACGACGAGGAGCCGGAGGCUGCCGGGCCCCUGGAGGAGGAUGAGAAUGAACUUGAGCCGGAACAGGAGCUCGGCCCGAGCCCUGAGGCGCGCCGAGCGACCGACUUGGACGGAGAGGUGGGCGUGGCUCAAAAUCAAACAGGAGCUCGAUGAGGUGAACGACAGCCAGGAUCCCCAGACCGAUGAGAGGCCACGUACCUCAUCGGCCUGGUUCCUCCAGGAUCCCAUGUCGGAGCCCCCGGGCUUCCCAGCCUUCCGCCGAGAGGUGGAGGCGCAGCAAAGGAGUGCCACGCAGUGGGUGGUCUUCUCAGGCUUCAAUGGGAUAGGGAACUGGAUGCUGGGCGCGGCCAGCGGCCUUUUGAUCAGCGCCCUGCUGCGCCGCGGCUACGCGGUGCUCGGGGCAAAAGGCGCCAGCGGAGGGCUGUGCCACUGGAUGCGCAGCCCGCUCUGCGACUGGGAGGCGCCCGAGUGGGUCAUGGCGAAGGUGCGGCGCCAGCUGGAGCUGUUGAAGGAGCAGCGGAAGCGGAGAAGUGCCAAGGCUGCAAAGUACGAGGAGGGGGUGGAGGUGCUGCAGAUCCUCUGGAAGGGCUGCAAGUUUGAACGCCUCCUUUGUGGCCAGGUCUCUUCGAAGCCCAUCCUGCUGCUACUCUCCGGCGCGUGGCUGGGCGAGGUCUUGCUGCAAAAUCCUGCCUUCCAGCCACGGAUGCAGAGCGCCUUCCAGCGCCAGGUGGACGCGGGCCGCGACAUCCUGGACGUCUACGGUCCACUCUCGCGAUGGCUCUUCGGGCCCUCGCCCGAGGUCGCCAGGGACCUUGACAGCUAUGUGGCGAAGCACCUCAGGUCAGGCAAGGUCUCCAUUUGCCUGCAGGGGCGCUGGGGCAAUAGCCAAGAGCUACGAGAUGGAAAGCGCUGCAUCGACACGAUGAUGGCCCAGCCUUGGUGGCCCGGUAAGACGGUGGUGCACGUGGCCUCCAUGAAAGCGAGCUUUCGCUCCAAGGUCCAAGAAGCCUUUGCCGGAGAUUCAAAGGUCUCGGUGGUUUGGCCUUCAUGGGAUGCGAAGGUGCGGGGACAGAGAGACAACCUCCAAGCCUACCAGGACAUGCUGCUGGCAGGCCGAUGUCAGGUCGUGGUGGCGCCCAAUGGGGGGUCCACCUUCACCUACGCCUCCACCGCCAUGUACCACUCCGUCAGUCUUCGAGACGCCGGGCGCGGCAAGAUGAACUGCAGCAACUUGCCGUGGCUGCCCUACGAAAAGCUCUUCCCGGAGCCAAGGGCGCAGUUGGACCUGGACAAGAAGUGCCGCAAAAGGAUGACUCGCCUCUACAAUCCCUACAGCGCGGCCUACCGGAACUACCACAAGCGCCAGAUGCCGGACGAGCCCCCGAAGCCCUUCCGUCUGCCGGACAAGUUCUGGGAGCCCACACCGCUACAGGUGCGGCUGGCCAACGAAAGGAUCACCUUCCGCGACCUGGACAUCAUGCAGCACUUCCUGGCCGACAACGGGUCCCCGACCGAAGGCGUGCUGAAGCCAGGCUGGCACAGCAGCAGAGAGGAGCAGACCGCGCGACAAGACGCGGCGAAUCACAAGGAACUCGUGAAGGCCGUCUCCACGGCACAACACAUGCUCCAGACACUAUCGCCGGAGGUGAUGCCGCUCAUGGACCCCUUGCAAUGGAUGGCCGACCGCCUCACUGACCGCGCCUGCGAGGAUGGCAAGGCUCCCGAGAAUGUGCUGGCGGCGGAGUCCGGGACCGCCCGGCGGGGCGAACUGAAGAAGGUCCCCAAAUUUGCCAAGCUCUUCGCGCGGGGGUCAGAACAGGACGGGGACCGGCGGAGCAGGGCGAUGCUUCAGGUGAUGCCGGGGCCCCGAAAGCGACGGGAGAGCGAGAUGGAGCGCUUCCCGGAGCUGAACUACCGGAACUUCCUGAAGCACGAGGCGCAGGCCGCGAAGCGCGGCGCUCGCGCUUUUGCGUCCAAGGACAUCCGCCAUGGUCCCAGCGCCAGAGCAGCGAUGCUCAGUGGCGCCAACCGCUUGGCGGACGCAGUGGCGGUGACGCUCGGCCCCAAGGGCCGGAACGUGGUCAUCGAGCAGAGCUUCGGCCCGCCCAAGGUCACCAAGGAUGGCGUCACUGUGGCGAGGGCCAUCGAAUUCAAGCACAAGCUCAUGAACGUGGGCGCCUCCCUGAUAAAGCAGGUGGCGUCCAAGACGAACGACCUGGCGGGGGAUGGCACCACCACGUCCACGGUGCUGGCGCGGGCCAUCUUCAGAGAAGGCACCAAGGCGGUGGUCGCCGGCAUGAACCCGAUGGACCUGAAGCGGGGCAUCGACGCCGGCGUGAAGCUUGUGCUGGAGGACCUUGAGCGCCGUGCCGCGGCCAUCUCCUCUCCCAAGGAAAUCGCCCAGGUUGCGACCAUCUCCGCGAACGGGGACGCCUCGCCGGCGGAGUUUUGA